AUGUUCCGCUCUGGGUUUCUCUGUCGCACGCUUCCUCUGCUAUCGCAAAACUUUGCAGAGCUCGCGGAUCGCCUUGAUUCGUUUGAAAGGGAAUUUAUUGAGCUGAAAGCAUUUCGUCAAGCUGUCGAGGCUACAUCUCCGAAGGUGGCAGAGGCAGCUACUGAAUUCUUGAAGGACCACAAACAGGAGGUCAAGGCGUUAAGGGUUACGUCGGACAACCCGCUCACGUCCGACGAGUUUACAGAACUGAAUCAGUUUUACGCGAAACAAAAAGGCAAGGUUGUCCCAUGUGAGAAUCUCCUCUUCAUCAACUCCCCCAAUGACCUUAUCCAGCACUCUGAGAAGAUCUUCCACCAGUAUCUUGUGCGCGUCUCGAAACUAGCGCGCCAUCUCAACAACGCACCUUACGGUCUGUCGCAGAUGCCUGGGAUACAAGAGUUGAAGAAACAUUACCAGUGGAGCUUCCAUGAUGUUCGCAAUACCGCGGUACCCGUCGACAAGGAUAGCCUGUACCCUUUUGACCGCGUGGUACGCCGAGUAUUUCUGCGGCAUUACAACGUAAGCGAUCUCCUUACAAAAGGAAUGACUGAGUUUGCCAUUCGUGAGCAAUGGAAGAGCGUGAAUGACGAGGCAAUGCGCACCCACGAGGAUUUGCAACCCUUUUUUGAGGAAUUCUGUUUGAAGCGCGUACGCUUGCGCUUUCUAGUUGGCAACUACAUGUAUUUGUCAACAAAAAUCCUUGACAUACCCAAAGCAAAGUAUGGUAUUGAUGAUCCGGAUGAUAGAUGUGUUCCCGUUUUCUUCGACCACGAUCCUGCCGAUUUUGUGGGGAAGAUCUGCAAGAAGUGUUCCCUACUCACGCUCGCAAAGUGUGCUGUUAAGGAAUUCCAAGCCAAGUACGACGCGGAAAUCGAAUUGAAGUUAGCUGGCGAUGCUGAUUUGUAUUUUGUUGGAAAUCCAUAUAUAACGCACGACAUUAUUUCCGCAAUGUUGGAUGAUGCAAUCAUCGCCAACACAGAUCGUGAAGAAUUGCUUGGUAAGCCUUGCACAAAACUCGAGGUCACCCUUGCUCAAACGCCAACGAACAAACGCUUUGUGCUUAGAGUCUCAGAUACGGCAGGUGGAAUGACCUUGAGUCAGUCAAGGACGCAGCUCUCUUGCUGGUCGCUUUAUAAAAACAUCCAGCAUCACGAAGAUGCCCUCAUUCGUACUUGGACGACGAGUCCUCUCCGACUUCCUUACGCCUACUGCGCGGCACGCGUUAUUGGAGGCAAUCUGACCGUUGCGUCUAUUGAGGGCUACGGCACCGAUCGUCAGCUGUAUUUACCCUCAACGGGUCUCAUGGGUGUUUCGCUGUAG